UUUACGAUUAGGGAUUUGGGUUUUAUUCUUCAUAAUCGACAGCAAGUUUCAGGUUCACAGCCUCUGCAAUUUGAAAUUUAAAGAUGGGAAAAGCGAAUAGAACCGCCAAAUUUGCUGUAAUGAAGAAAUUAGUCAGUCACAAAGCGAUUAAACAUUACAAAGAGGAGGUAUUAAACCCUAACAAGAAAGACUUGACCAAGGAUAAUCUCCCCAGAAAUGUACCGCAAGUUUCGUCUGCGCUUUUCUUCAAACACAACACUGCUCUGGGUCCGCCGUAUCGAGUUUUGGUCGAUACUAACUUCAUUAAUUUCUCCAUCCAAAAUAAAUUGGAUUUGGAGAAAGGAAUGAUGGACUGCUUGUAUGCUAAAUGCACUCCGUGUAUUACUGACUGUGUAAUGGCCGAACUCGAGAAACUAGGCCAGAGAUAUCGUGUUGCUCUCAGAAUUGCGAAGGAUCCUCGAUUUGAAAGGCUGCCCUGUACGCACAAGGGAACUUACGCCGAUGACUGCCUUGUUGAUAGGGUUACUCAGCACAAAUGCUACAUCGUUGCCACCUGUGAUCGGGACUUGAAGCGGAGAAUUCGUAAGAUCCCGGGAGUACCAAUCAUGUAUAUUGCUCAACACAGAUAUUCCAUCGAACGACUGCCAGAGGCUACCAUUGGCGGAGCUCCAAGAAUGUGAGACUGUACCGAAGGUCGGAGUUUGAGGAUUUACGAGGUUAAUUUUUGUUACUAUAUUAGUGAAAUAGCUUUUGCUUUGAGUCUGUCCGGAAAGAAAAUUAUUACAAUUUACAACAUACUUUUAUUGUACGUCGAAAUCUCUCAUAGCUUUUGUACUAGCAGAUGAUGUAACCCUAAUUUUUAAUUUAGGUUCGUUUAAGGAUGUUGCG